AUGUUCAACUCUCUCAACCGCAUCCAGAACACCUUUGGCUUCUUCACAACGGUCGCCUUCGUCGUUGCUUCCUUUAUCGCCCUGUCCGAUGUCGUCACCCCGCGCGCCCCCACCGCCGGCGUCAUCAAGACCGACUCGCUCCAGGUCGUCAAGGGCCGCCCGCACUACUACAGCAGCAAGAAGGAGGAGUACGCCAUCAUCAAGUUCUCCCUAGAGGCUGACCUCUCCGACCUUUUCACCUGGAACACCAAGCAAGUCUUCGUCUACGUGACGGCAGAAUGGCCCUCGGCGACGGGCGGCGCCAACGCCACGAACGAGGCCGUCAUCUGGGACCAGAUCAUCACGUCACCGAGCGCCGACCACCUCGCCAACCUCGGCCCCGUCUCCAUGCGCAAGCUCCGCGCCAGCGCCGCCGGCAAGAGCAUCGACCCCGGCCGCGGCAGGCUCAAGCUCAAGAACCAGAAGCCCAAGUACCAGAUCACGCACCCCUCGGGCAAGCUCGCCGAGGCCGACAACGUCCAGCUGCGGCUGCACUACAACGUCCAGCCCUGGGUCGGCCUGCUGACGUGGAACCAGGACGCCGACCUCGGCGUCUGGAAGGCCCUGCGCGGGGGCACGAGCAAGUUCUUCAGGCUGCCGGCCAUCAAGGCGAAGACCAAGGCGAAAUAG